AUGGCACAUGAGCUGUGGGCUGAUCUCAAAGAGCGUUUUACUCAGUCUACUGCUCCCAAAAAAUAUCAGAUAAAAUCUGUUAUUAGUUCUCUAUUUCAAGACACAAUGUCUAUUUCUGCAUAUUACACUAAAUUGAAAUCUCUGUGGGAUGAAUUGAGCUUCUACGAUGUGUUGCCUGAAUGCUCGUGUGAAGCAUUGAAGGAGAUGUCUAACAAGCAACAGGAAGAUCAAGUGAUUCAGUUCCUUAUGCGACUGAAUGACUCAUUUCAUGUAAUCAGAGACCAAAUCUUAUUGUUGGACCAGCUACCUGCAGUUCAAAAGGUGCAUUCACUGUUGCUGCAAGAAGAAAGACAAAGGGAAGUAAGAAUCCAGCCGGCUACAAUAGAACAUGUUAGACUAUCUACUGUAAGUGCAGAUUUACAUUACGCAAAAAGGAAAAGUAUUAGGAAAUCACCACAUUUAUGCAGCUACUGUCAUACACCAGGGCAUAAAAAAGAGAGAUGCUAUAAAUUGAAUGGUUAUCCUCAAAAUUUUAAAGGAGGAGGAAAAGCAAAACCUGAAAGGCCAACAUUGGUAAAUGUUGUGGAACAUGAGAAUAAAUCAUCAAAUGUUGUAGCUUUUGCUGCACCACCUCAAGCCUCCAACAAAGAUUUUGUGUCGUGCUUGACUAUGGAUGAAUAUACUCAACUUAAACAACUGCUAAAAGAUAGAACCAUCUUAGUGGGAGACUUUGAAGGAAUGUCCUAA